CAAUCGAACAAAAAAGCGAUCGAGCGCUAUCUCGGAGCUUGUAUUUUUUCAUCUAUUAUGCAUUUCCCAUGGCGCCCGCUAUCGAGCUGAGUAAGAGAGGCACAUCUUAGCUGUUGUUUUAUUUCAUUUGGUUCUAAAUAGGCGUUUUUGCCUUGGCUUGAGUAAAUUUUCGUUUCAUUCUGAACCGGCCAUGACCGUGGAGCAGAAUGUCCUCCAGCAGCAUUCUCAGAAGCACCAACAGACUCUACUGAACCAGCUGAGGGAGGUUACAGGCACCACAGAUGUUCAGCUGCUCCAGCAGGCCCUGCAGGUCAGCAACGGGGACCUGGCCGAGGCGGUGGCCUUUCUGACGGAGAAGAACGCCAAGGUCCCUCAGCAGGAUGAAACCACCUACUACCAGACCUCCCAGGUGGCCAACGACAGAUACAUCAGCGUGGGCAGCCAGGCGGACACCAACGUGAUCGACCUGACGGGGGACGACAAGGACGACCUCCAGAGAGCCAUCGCCCUGAGCCUGGAGGAGUCCAGCCGGGCCUUCCGAGAGACGGGCAUCACGGACGAGGAGCAGGCCAUCAGCAGGGUCCUGGAGGCGAGCAUCGCGGAGAACAAGGCCAGCCUGAAGCGCACACACACGGAGGCCUGGAGCGACUCCCCCAAUCCCCACGACAGGAAGCGCACCGACAACUGCCCCGUGGGCCUGAAGAAUGUGGGCAACACCUGCUGGUUCAGCGCCGUCAUCCAGUCUCUCUUCAACCUGCUGGAGUUCCAGAGACUGGUUCUUCACUAUGCUCCGCCGGCCAGAGUCCAGGACCUGCCUCGCAACCAGAAGGAGCACAGGAACCUGCCCUUCAUGCAGGAGCUGCGGACCCUCUUCUCCCUCAUGGUGGGCUCCAAGAGGAAGUACGUGGACCCGUCGCGCGCCGUGGACAUCCUCAAGGACGCCUUCAAGUCCAGCGAGUCCCAGCAGCAGGAUGUGAGUGAGUUCACCCACAAGCUGCUGGAUUGGCUGGAGGACGCCUUCCAGAUGAAGGCGGAGGAGGACAGGGAGGGAGAGAAGCCCAAGAAUCCGAUGGUGGAGCUGUUCUAUGGGCGCUUUCUGGCCGUGGGGGUUCUGGAAGGAAAGAAGUUUGAGAACACGGAGAUGUUUGGCCAGUACCCUCUGCAGGUGAACGGCUUCAAGGACCUUCACGAGUGUCUGGAGGCGGCCAUGAUCGAGGGAGAGAUCGAGUCGCUCUCUCACUCUGCCGAGAGCACUGCCAAGUCUGGCCAGGAGCACUGGUUCACAGAGCUCCCUCCUGUGUUGACCUUCGAACUCUCGAGAUUCGAGUUCAACCAGGCGCUGGGUCGACCCGAGAAGAUCCACAACAAGCUGGAGUUCCCCUCCAUGCUCUACAUGGACAGGUACAUGGACAGGAACAGGGAGAUCACCCGGAUCAAGAGAGAGGAGAUCCGGAGGCUGAAGGAGCACCUGACCCUGCUGCAGCAGCGCCUGGAGAGGUAUCUGAGCUAUGGCUCUGGCCCCAAGAGGUUUCCUCUGAUACUGAUGGGGCACAGCUGCACGGAGUAG